ACCAAGAUUUAGAUCGGAUCUCAAGCUAUACAAUUUUCUUGCAGAUUACAGAAAAUUUAAGUUUCAAGUCUCGUAAAUAAUGAUUUAUUAAUGUAGACUAUAAAAAGAAAAAUUUACAAGAGAUCUUCGACAUGGUGUAAGUAAACUUGGUUAGGAGUGGAUUUUCAUAAGACGGCUCAGAUGAUGCAGCUAAGCGUAGAUCCUCAUAAGUCAGAUAGUAUUGUUGGUUAUCGAAUCGUUUAUUUAUGUAAUAAUUAUCAUAAAUGUUUAUCAUAAUAAAUCAGUGUUAAAAAAAUAUUUUUUCCCCAUUUUCUUAUGUUGAAGUGGGUCAUCUAAUAUACAAAGUUCAAUAUUAAAACGUUUUGUCAAGAAAUUUAAAUUCUCAUAAUAAUCACGAUGAUGUCUUGUUCUUAAAUUUUUGGUUGAUGAGGUGAGAGGAGUAAUCCUUCCCUAUUUAAACAUCACAAGCUUUGUGAAUUUACGAGAUGGAUGAUGUAAUGUCAUCUUCAGUUUUCGCGCCUCUUUCAGAACAAAUCACGUGACCCUCACGUGGAGAAACCUAACCGACUCUGACUCUUCAAAUCCUUGCCUUUCGUCUUCUCUUCUCUUCAAAGCUUCCCUCAUCCAGAGAGAAAGAGAAGACGCCAGUGUUGAUUUUCUCAAAGAUUCAGCAGUAAACUUCGCCGAUUCCGAAUCGAUAGUGGAGAUGGAGUCACCAAAGGUCCACGAAGCGGGGAAAGUCGAAGAAACACACCAGAAAGUUGAUCCAGAAUCAGAGGAAUCUAAAGAGGACCCAAACGCCACUCGUGUUCUAGCUCUUGAUAUGAUACUCAAGUCUCUGUUGAAAAUCAGCGUCUUCUUAAGCGAUUUUCUGUUGGAGUUUUGUCAAGAAACACAUCACAGCUUCACUGAAGAUGGUGAAUACGCCCUUCCCCCUUCCACCCAGCUUCGUGAUUUUCUUCUCAGCAAUCUAAUCGUCAUCCAUCCUCUGGAAGCAAACGGUUUAUUCGACUUCUUGGUAACCAUCUUGGAGGUUUUACCUCUCUGGAGAAGUGUAGAAGAACCUCUGAGUUCCAAGUUUGAAGUAUACCACCAAGUGGCGAAAAAGAUUUGUAACAGGUGCAAAUUGGUUACGGUAUAUCCGGUUGAACGCUCUUACGGUCUAAUCGUAGUUGCUAGCUCACUCAGGGAAAUCAAGGCAAGUCAACUUUUAUUUUAUUUUAUUAUCUUAAGCGUCCUUUUUUUCCUUAAAAUGAUGCUAGAAAUGUUUUUUUUUGGUUUUUAUGACACAGUCUGCAUUCAAGGAUUUCGCAUUUGAGAACAUCCUUAAGGUUAUCAGAAUCGCCUUGAUGAUGAUGACUUGUGACAAGGAAGGAUGUGGGAAACAAAACUAUGUUGAGCGUGUGAUCAGUAAACUUCCAGCUGUUUUCGCUAUUGGUAAGAGCUUAUCAAAGUGUAUUUUGGUUCUUAUAAUGCACUUUUUUUUUGAGGGUUCUUUUUUUUAACGGAAUUGUUUAGCUGUGGAGUGGGAGAAGAAUGAGACUGAAGAAGAUAUAUUUGCUACCACUUCUGUUCUGGCUACUGAAAUUGAUAUUAGUGAGAUAUUCAAAUACGAAGGUGACAGUUUAUUCACUAAAUACCGUCUUGUGUCCAUGGUACGUAUAUCUAAAUCCGUAAGUUUCAUUUGUUUUUUUUUUAUUGAAGAUUAUGUUACCAGAAACCAACUCAAGAUGUUGUAAUAUUCAGGUUUGCUGUCAUGGAGAUCAGUACAGUUGCAUAGCUUAUGAAAACAGAAGCUGGGUCAUACAUUUUGGUAGUCAGAAUGAGGUCAAGCAGCAAGUGUCUUGAUCUGUGACUUGUUUUAUAUUGGAUUUUGUAAAAGUUGAACUGAGUGAGGUGUGUUGCUUUUAUACAGGUUAGUGGAGAUUGGAAUAGGGUUCUCAGUAUUUUUGCAAAACUGAAGAUUCGACCAGAGAUUCUGUUAUUCGAAAACGUAAGCCUCCUAGGACUCUGCAUACUUGCUUAUGUGUUUUGUGAGGUGUUCUCAGUUCCAUCAACUUGAAUGGCAGGUGAUGGGGAGAGACCAGAUUGUGUCCAGGAACUAAUUUCUGAAGACCAAUAAGAGCUUUUGAAUGGUGUAGAGAAGGGAUUUUGAUGUAUAUGCAAUACUUUAGAAUCGAUUCUUUGGUGGUUAAAACGUUGUGACCCUUAUUUGUCUUUUCUCUUCAGCUCAAACUCAACAUCCUGAUUGAUAUGAUCAUUGAAUAAAGUACCAAUUUCAAAACACUU